CAGCCCCGCCCACACAUCCACGCGGCGGCUGCUGCCAUAACUUCACCGGAGUCGCCUCCUCCUUCCGCGCCACAUCACCGGUGCCGGCCAGGCUCUCAAUCUUCUGCUGCUGCCGCCGAUACGAUGCUGGAGCUGGCAUCGACAUGCUUGUGAGGGCCACUUCUUCCAUGCUGUUACUGUGCUGUUGGUUCUGGGUGCUGCUGAUCAGGGGCAAGCUCGUGAAGUGCACCUGUGUUGGAGGAGUUUCCUCCGAGAGUUCCAAUGGCAGAGCUGGUGGUCACCAUGGCGCUCCGGCCACUGGUUGCCAUGCUCAGGGACAAGGCGUCCAAUUAUCUCCUCGACCAGUACAAUGUAAUGGAGGGAAUGGAGAAGCAGCACAUGAUUCUGAAACGCAGACUUCCUAUCAUUCUGGACGUCAUCACUGACGCCGAGGAGCAGGCGACGGCCAACAGAGAAGGGGCGAAAGCCUGGCUCCAGGAGCUCGAGAGAGUAGCCUAUGAGGCAAAUGAAGUCUUCGAUGAAUUCAAAUAUGAAGCACUUCGCCGUGAAGCCAGGAAGAAUGGACACUACAAAAAGCUUGGAUUUGAUGUGAUAAAACUCUUCCCUACUCACAACCGUGUUGUGUUCCGUCACAGAAUGGGUAGCAAGCUUUGCAGGAUUCUGGAGGAUAUCAAUGUUCUCAUUGCAGAGAUGCAUGACUUUGGGUUGAGGCAAACAUUGUUUGUGUCCAAACAGUUGAGGCAGACACCAGUGUCCAAGGAGUGGAGACAGACAGAUUAUGUCAUCAUCGACCCACAAGAAAUUGCCAGCAGAUCCAGGGGCGAAGAUAAGAAGAAUAUUGUUGGUAAACUACUUGGUGAAGCUAGCAAUGCAAAUCUCACAGUAGUUCCCAUCGUCGGAAUGGGGGGCCUUGGCAAGACCACAUUAGCACAGCUCGUAUACAGUGAACCUGAAAUACAGAAGCAUUUUCAGUUGCAGCUCUGGGUCUGCGUCUCAGAUACCUUCGAUGUGAAUUCCGUGGCUAAGAGUAUAGUUGAAGCAUCCCCCAAGAAAAAUCAUGAUACAAACAAACCACCACUGGAUAGACUUCAAAAACUGGUCAGCGGGCAGAGGUAUCUCCUUGUACUGGGUGAUGUCUGGAACAGAGAGGUCCACAAGUGGGAAAGGCUGAAAGCUUGUCUUCAUCAUGGUGGCAAUGGUAGUGCAGUAUUGACAACAACCCGUGAUAAACAAGUUGCUGAAAUUAUGGGCGCAGAUAGAACCUACAAUCUCAAUGUUUUGAAGGAUUACUUCAUAAAGGAAAUUAUUGUGGAUAGAGCAUUCAGUUCAGAGAAGGAAAAGCCUCCAGAGCUACUCGAGAUGGUUGGUGAGAUUGUGAAGAGAUGUCGUGGCUCUCCCUUAGCUGCAAUUGCACUGGGAUCUGUACUUCGUACCAAGACCAGCGUUGAAGAAUGGAAGGCCGUAUCAUCUAGAACCAGCAUUUGCACAGAGGAAACUGGAAUUUUGCCAAUACUGAAGCUUAGCUAUAAUGACUUGCCAGCACACAUGAAGCAGUCACUACUAGGAAAAGGGCUAUAGAUGGAAUUGACACUAAUGGCGCACCAGACAUGUAGUGCGCCAUUAGUAUAUACUGGGUUGACAUCACUGGAGUCUCUGUGGAGAGAGCACCCCCCAUUGUUGGAACACCUUUCCCUUCGAAACUGCAGUACCCUAGUAUCCUUGCCUAACGACCCGCAAUCAUAUGGAUCUCUUCAACAACUAGAAAUUAAAGGUUGUCCUGCAAUAAAGAAGCUCCCUACAUCCCUCCUGCAGCAACUGGACAACAUCGGCUUCAAAGAACUAGAUGCC